AUGGCUAUUAAAGAUAAAGUAAAGAGAAUUUCAAGAGUGUUUAGCCCAGACUCAAAAGAAGCUAAGGCUCACAAGACAGAAACUGGUGCUACCACUACCACUACCACAACCGAUAAUAAUGCUGAGGGAGAGGCUCCAGCCACCACUACAACUACUGAUGACAUUGUCGCUGCUGCUGAACCACAGGCUCAACCACAAGCUGAAGCUGAAACUGAAACUGAAGCUCAAUUGGCUUCAGAAGAAAAAGCAGCAGUAACUGAACCAGUUGUUAAAUCCACUAACGAAGAUGGUAUCACUGCAUAUGCCGAUGCAACUGGCACAAACUCAGCGGUUAAAGAUGCACCAGAAGUUGCUCAAGUGACUCAAACUCCAAUUGAAGAGACUAGCCACGUUAAAGACACCACCACUGUUGCACCUGUGACUGCCACCGAUGCUGCUAAUAUUGAAGUUACUGAAGGAACACCAAUUGAUUUGGGCGAUGGUAGUUCUGGAGCUGCUGCAAGUGGUGAAGCUACCAAAGCCACGGCAGCCGAACCAACUGGAGAAGCAACAACGACUACUGCAGCAGCAGCAGCAGCACCAGAAGUUACUGAAGCCAAUGCUAAUGCUAAUGAAGUCAAACAAUCAGAGCCAGUUGCUACUGAAGAAGCUAAACAAUCGACUUCAUCACCAACUCAACAUAAGAAGGCUGAUUUCUUUAAGAGAUUUUAUGCUAAAUUUAAGAAACCAGUCAUUGCCAAGUAA